AUGGCAGACGCAAUGGAGAACGAGAUGCAGAUUAUGCCGAUCGGUGCUGGCAAUGAGGUUGGUAGGUCUUGCUGCAUUUUGAAAUUUAUGGGCAAGACUAUUAUGUUUGAUUGCGGCGUCCACCCGGCCUACUCUGGGAUUUCAUCCCUGCCAUUUUUUGACUAUAUCGAGGCACAAGAGAUAGACCUUGUUCUUAUCACGCACUAUCAUCUUGACCACGCUGCAGGCCUCCCUUUUCUUAUGGAGAGGACGAAUCUGAAUCCCGAGGCAAGGGUAUUCAUGACCCAACCGACGCGAGCAAUAUACAAAGCUUUACUCUCCGAUUUCGUCAGAGUAUCUCGAAACGCCCCAGGUGAAGAAUCUCUGUACACUGAAGAUGACGUAAAUCGCACCAUGUCGCGUAUUGAGGUAGCUGACUACCAUGCCGAAGUAAACGUUAAGGGGAUCAAAUUCCGACCAUUUUACGCAGCUCACGUUCUAGGCGGCGCCAUGUUUAUGGUCGAGAUUGCUGGUGUUCGCGUCUUAUAUACUGGAGACUACUCGAGGGAAGAGGACAGGCAUUUGAAGGCAGCCGAAAUUCCCCCGUUUCGACCUGAUGUACUCAUCGUUGAAUCUACUUAUGGCAUUCAAGAGCAUGAGCCCCGAGGCAUUCGAGAAAAGCGUUUUACAGAUCGCGUGGCACGAGUUGUGCGAGGGGGUGGCAGAGUUUUACUGCCGGUGUUUGCACUCGGAAGGGCGCAAGAAUUGCUACUCAUUCUCGACGAAUUUUGGGAAGCACAUCCAGACCUGCACCAUGUGCCGAUAUACUACGCCAGCGCAAUUGCUCAGCGAUGCAUGCCCGUGUAUCAGACAUAUGUAAACAUGAUGAAUGACAAUGUGAGGCGAAGGUUCGAGAUAAGCAACCCAUUUCAUUUCAAGCACGUUAAGAACAUCAAAGGCAUGAAUCAGUUUGCCGAUGAUGGACCGUGCGUGUUUAUGGCCUCCCCAGGUAUGCUUCAAAACGGUCUGUCACGAGAGCUGUUCGAGAGAUGGUGCACCAACAAACAGAACGGGCUUGUGCUCAGUGGAUAUUCGGUUGAAGGCACACUGGCAAAGAAGGUGCUGACAGAACCAGAAACAAUCACAAAAUUAGAUGGUCGUCAAGCUAGACUCAACUGUUCAGUCGACUACAUUACAUUUGCAGCUCAUGCCGACUUUAAGGAGACCCGAAUGUUUGUGGAAGAACUGAAGCCUGAUCAUUGCGUCUUAGUACAUGGGGAAAAGAACAACAUGGCUCGUCUGAAGGGAGCUUUAGAUACGAUACACAACAAAACUGAAGGAGGGCGAAAGCUUGAUCUCCAUUCGCCUUUAAAUUGUGGCGUUGUUAAACUCAAGUUCAAGAACGAAAAGAUGGCAAAAGCCAUCGAUGUUCUUCCUCUAGCUGCUGAGGAAAAGCCGAAACCAGGCACCAAGGUAUCUGGGUUACUCAUCCAGCAAGAAUUUUCCUACACUUUGGUGAAGCCUCAAGACCUCCCGCAAUAUACCUCGUUAAAGCUUUCGCAGAUUGAUCAGCGACAAGUGCUUCCAUUGAAGAAAUCCCUCGUCACUCUUGCUACACAGUUGAACACUAUAUUUCGAGGCGUAAGAUUCGAUGAAGAAGGCAAAGUCAUAAGCAUGGCAAAAGGAUCGGUGUUAAUUGUUCAGAAAGAUGAACAUUCGGUACAAAUGGCUUGGGCCAGCGGAUACGCGUCCGACAUUUUGACCGAAGCCAUUGCUGCAAUCACAAUAUCAGAUUCACCGCAUGCUGGGGAACCGGGUGUCAGCGAGACGUUGAAACUGGGACGAAAGUUAUUGGCGGCUCGUUUCGGAAAGACGCAUUCGAUAAAGGGCUUUCCGCAUAAAGUUCGCAUGGUCGUGGACCUGACAAAAGUAACUGUGAAUAUGCUGACUGGGGAGGUAGACUGUGCAGAUGAGACUGUUCGAAAUCGAGUGCUGCUAGCGUAUAGGCGCAUUCAGGCCGCUAUGUUCCCUAUUCCUGAAUAUUACUGUGAUUGUUGUCAACCGACAACCCAUGUUCAAUAA